CAAAUUAAAAAGAAUAUGAUCCCAAACCAAAAUUCUCAAAUCAUAACCAAUUUUAUUGACAGCAUUGUUUAUUUGUUGGCGAUUUGCGUUUAUUUGUGAAUUAAACUCAAAUCAGCGAAAAAGUAAUAAUAUAAAGUGGUGUGGACUUUGUACAUAUUAUGAAAAUGGCUGGACUGGAGUCUAUGAUUGCUGAAGAGGUUAAGCCGGUUGAUAGGGAAAAGACAUGUCCCCUGCUUCUUCGAGUGUUUUGUUCUACUGGUCGUCACAAUUCACCAGGUGAUUAUGCGAGGGGCAACGUUCCCCAAAAUGAAUUACAAAUUUACACUUGGAUGGAUGCCACACUGCGCGAGCUUACAGGUCUUGUCAAGGAGGUUAAUCCCGAGACCCGACGCAAGGGAACAUAUUUCGAUUUUGCCAUUGUGUACCCAGAUAUGAGAUCACCAACAUAUAGGAUGAGAGAGAUAGGAGUGACAUGCUCCGGCCAACGCGGUGGGGAUGACAACAAAACUUUGAGCAGUGUUAAAUUCCAAAUAGGUAGCUAUUUGGACAUAUCAAUAACACCACCAAACAGAAUGCCACCUCCGAUGAGGCGGCCACAGCCAUAUCUCAACAAUCGACCAUAUUAAAUAAAAGUAAUCGGUCAUAAUCCUUCAUUGAACAGUUUACGGUAUUUUUUUCUGGAUUUUCUAAAUGUGUCAAUUAUUGUUGACAUCAAUAAAUCACUACAAUCUAUUAUUUUGGGUCUUUAAAGGAAUUGUGACCAAAAAAACCAAGUGACUGUUAUCUGGCCUGUGAGAUACCACAUUUUGUAUAUAUUUUAUUAUAUCAGUGGCAAAAUGGCCUUGUCAUAUGGUUGGUGGCCAACAGUGCAAUGUAAAAGAGUAUAAUGUAUUCAUUUAACUUUUUGAAUGCCAAGAACACCUAAAGUAGUUAGGUGCCAGUCGUCGUGCCCACAGCACCAAGGACAACUAUAAGUGUUAUGGGGUAUGCUGACAAAGUAACCUUGACACUUAGUAAGGUUAACGUUAGCUUGCUUGUGCCCGUUUCCUUGGCAUGUAAGUGACAUUUAUGUUUAAUGACUUAAAGCAUUUAAAAGGUUCAUAUUCCUUUAUUUAGGAGGUCUGGCUGUGUACCGCAGGUCAAAAAGUGGAGAUUCCUAAAAUGGAGUGUAGUGAGACUGGAGUGUAAUUCAUUAACCCUUUAACGUUCAGACGAGUAUCAGAAAUUACGGAAAACUAAACCUGACAUUUUGAAAUGAAGUUUAAUAUUGCUCAAAUCGAAGUUUGGCUGUUAAAGGGUUAAGCCACCAGGCUUUUGUGGUGAUGCUUUUAUAGUAUUUCAUAAUUUGAUUAAUUACUGUAACUUUCUGCUAGUUGUGACUCGAAUGCUAUGUUUGUAGGAUUCUAAGAUUUUAAUCAAUUAAACAAUGUAAUUACAAAA